AUGUGGAGCGGAGCUAACGCCUAUUCCCAUUCUGAUGCAUCCUCUUAUGCCAACUCCGGAGGAUUUGGAGCCGGAUCAUCUGCUAACAGCCAAGCUAAUGUGGGAAAUUAUUACGGAGGCGGUCACAGUUCUGGCGGAGCAACUACUAACGCUAACAGCCAUAAUGGAAAUUUUGGAGGCGGUCACAGUUCCAGCGGAGCAUCUGCUAACGCUAACAGCUAUGCAGGAAAUUAUUUAGGUGGUCACGGUUCUAGCGGAGCAUCUGCUAAUGCUAACAGCAAUGCAGGAAAUUUUGGAGGCGAUCACGGUUCCAGCAGAGCAUCUGCUAACGCUAACAGCUAUGCAGGAAAUUAUUUAGGUGGUCACGGUUCUAGCGGAGCAUCUGCUAAUGCUAACAGUAAUGCUGGAAAUUUUGGAGGCAGUCACGGUUCUAGCGGAGCAUCUGCUAAUGCUAACAGCAAUGCAGGAAAUUUUGGAGGCGGUCACGGUUCCAGCAGAGCAUCUGCUAACGCUAACAGCCAUGCUGGAAAUUAUUUAAGCGGUCACGGUUUUAGCGGAGCAUCUUCUAAUGCUAAUAGUAAUGCUGGAAAUUUUGGAGGCAGUCACGGUUCUAGCGGAGCAUCUGCUAAUGCUAACAGCAAUGCAGGAAAUUUUGGAGGCGGUCACGGUUCCAGCAGAGCAUCUGCUAACGCUAACAGCCAUGCUGGAAAUUAUUUAAGCGGUCACGGUUUUAGCGGAGCAUCUUCUAAUGCUAACAGUAAUGCUGGAAGUUUUGGAGGCGGUCACGGUUCCAGCGAAGCAUUUGCUAACGCUAACAGUUAUGCUAGUUCGUAUGGAAAAUAG